AUGGACUCGCAACGGCCGCAAUCUCAAUCUCCUCAAAAUCCCUCAAUUCUUCUCAAACUGGUGUACUGGCAUAGGCUCUUCGAGUCUGACACUCCACCGCGACUGGGCAUCGAUGUCGAGCGACGCAUUCCCUACGCUUUCUUGUCCGCGUUCUCGACCGGGAUGGCCCUUGGCUACUUCCAUGGCAGUAAAAAGGCCGGCCUGGUCUUUCGCGCUGAGAAUGCCCAUCGGUUCCCCACGACCUCCGCUGGGUGGUUUCAGUACCACAAGACGAAGAAUUAUAUCUCGGUCGUUGGUGGUGCGAAGGAUGGCUUGAAGAUGGGAAUGAAGCUGGGCGCAGGGGCACUGGCCUUCUGCCUAUUUGAGGAGACGGUGGAUUAUGCUCGUCAUGAUGAACGAGAUUUUUUGUCGACUGUGACGGCCGGGCUGUCUUGCUCUGGGAUUUACAGUCUCCUAGCACGUACAGCAAAACUGGGUCUCAAAAUGAGCCUGGCAUAUGGACUUUUACAAGAUGCCUUGGAGACAGCCAAGGGGAAUCGUCCGUCCUACGUUGACUUUAUUUUGGGGAAUCGUCGAUCCCGGGACGACACUCGGGGUUCUGUGUGA